AUGCCUCACCUAGACACCUACGAUGUCAUCUCCGUCGUCGGCAUCCCCAUCUACGUCGUCUUCCUCGCCUGCGCCAUCUUCCUCUCCAUAAAGCACGGCUUCACCAAGUCCUCCGGAUGGCGGUACCUCAUCGUCCUCGCCCUCGCCCGCAUCAUCGGCUUCUCCUUCCGCCUCGCCAUCAUGAACGACCCCACAAACACAUCCCUCUGGAUCGGCUGGAUGACCGUCAACAGCCUCGGUCUCGGGCCCCUCAUCCUCGUCCUCCUCGGCCUGCUAAGCCGCGUCUUUGAAUCCAUCAAACGCCAGGGCCACAUCCUCCUGACUCCCACGCACCAGCGCCUCAUCCAGCUGCUCGUCGUGGUGGCCAUCAUCGUCACCGUCGUCGGCGGCACCCAGUCGUCUUUCCAUAUUGAAAACGGCUCCGUAAAGGUCGACUACGCCACCGCGAGUGAAGUCGGUGUCGGCCUCAUGAUUGCCGUCAUGGUGCUGCUCUGCAUCGAGGCCUUCAUCGCCUUCCGGAACCAGGGAUACGUUGCGCAGGGCGAGCACCGCAUCUUGCUGGGUGUUAUUGCCUCGCUGCCCUUUGUGGUUGUGCGUGUCGUGUACUCGUGCUUGAGUGUCUUUGCGGGCAUCAAUUCUAAUGUCUGGCUUUAUCUGUGUAUGGGAGUCUUGAUGGAGAUGAUUGUUGUGUUUAUGCUGGAGGUUUUGGGAUUCACCCUUGACAAGGUGCCGGAGCAGCCUAAGAGUGAUGAUCCUGAGGCGUUGGCUCAGCGAGGCGGGCAGCAGCAGUAUUACCGACAGUAG